GCUUUGGUGGCUCGGCGCGCCAUUCUGCCAACAAGCUGCCGCAGACCCGUGCUCGAGUGCACACACGCAAUAACGCACCCUCGACUGUGGCGACAGGCGCUUUCAAGGGCUUCGGCGAAGCUCCGGCCAAGCCGAGUCCCAAGUCGAAGCCAGUGCCGGCGCCAAAAGCGCCUAAAGGCUGCCGGUCGGUCUUAGUGGCCGGGAAAGAUGGGAGCCAGUGGCAGGUGCUAAUUGGCAAAAGUGCCGCAGACAACGACCGGCUCUCCCUUGAUCUCGGACGAGCUGAUGAGGUGUGGAUGCAUGCUGCGCACGUCCCCGGCGCCCACGUGGUGAUUCGUGCGGUCUCCACUCAGGGCAGACCGCCUAACGAUGUCGUUACGAAGGCGGCUUCUCUUUGUGCCUUCUACUCAAAGGCAAAAGCCGCUGGCACUGUCGAGGUUCAUGUGACCACCUGCGGAAAAGUGAGCAAGAUCCCAGGUUCUCCUCCUGGUCAGGUACUUCUCAUGCCUGGGUGGAGCUCA